AUGGGCAAAACACUCCUUGCCCAGGGACAAUUGUCUGAUGCUCUCUCUCACUAUCAUGCUGCUGUAGAGGGUGACCCUGACAACUAUCUCACUUAUUUCAAAAGAGCAACAGUAUUCCUAGCACUGGGCAAAUCUCGAUCAGCUUUACCAGAUAUAGACAGAGUCUUGGAAUUAAGACCAGACUUUAAUGCUGCCCGUUUGCAACGAGGUAAUGUAUAUUUGAAACAAGGCCACUUAGACGAAGCAGAAACUGAUUUUAAAAAAGUCCUUGAAUAUGAUGCAAAAAAUCAACAAGCUAAAGAUAGUUUACAACGGAUAAAGCCUUUAAAAGGUAAUAUAGCAGAGGCAAAAGACAUGUUUCAAAAUGGAGAUCAUCAAGCUGCUAUAGAAUUAUUGACAAAAGCCAUAGAGUCUUGCCCAUGGAGUCCUGAACUAAAGGAAAUGCGAGCUGAGUGCUACAUUGCCCAAGGGGAUCUUUUUAAGGCAGUACUUGAUAUCCGUCCCACUACAAAAUUACGCAAUGACAAUACGGCUGCCUAUUUAAAGCUAAGUUUCCUCUAUUAUCAACUGGGUGAAGCAGAUGAAUCAUUAAAUCAAAUACGAGAAUGCUUAAAACUAGAUCCAGACCACAAAGAUUGUUUCACACACUAUAAAAUAGUAAAAAAGUUGGUCAAGUUAUUGAAUUCUGUGCAAGAAAACAUCAACAAAAAUGCCUAUGAAGAAUGCAUCAACAAAGCCAACCAAAUUCUGAAGAUGGAACCAACAGCUCAAGUAUUUGUUCUGAGGGCCAAAUCCCAUCUUUGUCAUUGUAAUUCCAAAGCUGGUUUUGAUAAAGAAGCCAUCAAAAAAUGCAGUGAUGUGUUAAAGAUUGAUCCAAACAAUGUUGAUGCUCUUUGUGAUAGAGGUGAAGCCUAUAUUAAAGCUUCCCAGUUUAAUGAAGCCGUGAAGGAUUAUCAGCAAGCACAGGGUAUUGAUGGGGAAUCCCGACGGGUACAGGAAGGGCUUGAAAAGGCACAAAAGAUUCUCAAACAAUCAAAUCGAAGAGACUAUUAUAAAAUCUUGGGAGUUAGAAGAAAUGCAGAUAAGAGAACAAUAAUGAAAGCCUAUAGAAAAUUGGCUGUGAAGUGGCACCCAGAUAAAUAUGAAAAGGAAGAAGAUAAAAAGAAAGCUCAGAAGCAUUUCAUUGAUAUUGCUGCAGCCAAAGAAGUAUUAACAGAUCCUGGUAAGUAA